AUGCCGGCAGCUCCCAGCCCUGCGCCCACGACCAGGGACUGUGCCAUCACACCCGGCGCCAGGGGCGUGGCUACCCAGGCUCUUCCUGGCAGUGAUGUGGCCCCAUCCGACCUGCGGCUGGAAGCCCGCCCAGCUGCAGUCCACUACCGGGAAGUGUGUGACAGCUACCCCACCUGCAUGGUGUCUGGCCGGCAGCUGCAGCCAGAAGAACCAGAUGCAGAAACUGAAGAAGACCGCUCUGUGACCGAAGGGCCUGCGGAUGAGAUCGUCCGGCCACGACCACAGGGGUCCUCGCCUGUCUACGAAUGUGUGGCUGAGGGUGCUGGUUUUGGACUUCAGGAAGACGCUCCGAGCAGGCGAAGCGUGGCGAGACGGAGAUCGUGGUGGAAGCGGGACUCGGGGGAGCCGCGGACUUUCUCCAGGAUGAGCCGUCCAGAGUCCGUACAGGGGGCCUCAGAGGUGACACUGGACACCGAGGUGGAGGUGGGAGCCAGCGGCUACAGUGUCACUGGUGGUGGAGACCAGGGGGUCUUUGUUAAGCAAGUGUUGAAGGGGUCCUCGGCUGCCAAGCUCUUCAGCUUGAGAGAAGGGGACCAGCUGCUCAGCACAACCAUAUUCUUUGACAACAUUAAAUAUGAAGAUGCUCUCAAAAUCCUUCAGUACUCAGAGCCAUAUAAGGUUCAGUUCAGGAUCAAACGGAAACUCCCUGACCGAGAGGAAGAGGCAGGGGCCCACAGUGGUGCUCAGUUGGGCCCAAAGGGCCCUGAGAAGCAGGAGAAGGAGGUCACUGACCAGUACACCGAGAGCCCCACAAAGACGCUGGAAGGAGGCGGGGACCAAGACACGCUUCUCCCCAAGGCCAGGGUGGAACGCGGCCGUCGGCCCCAGAAGGAGAGGCUCUCCUGGCCCAAAUUCCAAGCAGUGCGACCCAAGUACAGGCCAGGGCCCCGGCGGUCACACAGUUCCUCAGAGGCCUAUGAGCGGGACACCUCAGAUGUGUCCCCCACGAGCACAGACACGGAAGCCCAGCUCCCAACGGAGGGCCAGGAGCUGCAGGGCAGCCAGCGCAGAAGGAAGUUCCUCAGCCUGCGGUUCCGGACAGGCCCAGGGCGUCCAGACAAAGGGGCCCAGGGCAGUCUGGUACCAGGGGUCCUUGAGGAAGCAGAGUUCAAAGACACAGGGGUCCCUCCGACCACAGGGCCUAGCAGCUUUGGGGAGGGAGCAUCAGGAGAGAUUGCAGAACCUGUGGCCAGACGCAGAAAGAAGAGCAGGGAGGCCAAAGCCCAGGAGGAAGCAGCCUGGCAGAGGGGUCCCGAGCAGGCCUGGAGGGACAACGGGGGCCCAGUGCAGAGGCAGGAAGUAGGCACCGCCCAGCUGUCCUCUCAAGGCACCACUGCACCCGGUGGCAUGCAGAAUGGCCUGCCAGAAAUCCGGGUCCGCAUCCCCCACUUGCAGACACCCCGAUUUGGGGUCUCCAAACAAAAAGUACUGGACUCAGGAGCAGUCAUCUCCGAAUCCCAGCUGGAGCAGCAGCCAGGAAGGCUCUCCGGAGCAGAGCAUGGGCCCAGGGAGGAGGUGGAGGGAGAAGCAGGAAGCCUGGGGGCUGGAGCGCCCCGGGAGGACUUGCCAGAACUUGAAGACCAGAAAACAUAUGGGCAAGGGCCAGGUGAGGCUGGGGUAAGAGUCAGGGCUGAGGAGAAAGAUGUGGGUGGCACUGAGGGAAAGGUAAAGAUGGGAAAGUUCAAAAUGCCAUCAUUUGGAUGGUCACCCAUCAAGGAGCCAAAGACAUCCGGGUCAAGACACCAAGAGGCAAGAGGCAGGGAUGUCACAGUUGACACAGCCAAGCCAGAAACUGGAGCCAGCAGAAGAGAGAAAGAGCACCAACUAGACGACAAAGAUCAAAGAGUGCCCACGCCAUCACCCGGUGGCAAGACAGACGGCGUGAGCCUGGAGGAUGAAAGGGCCACAGCAGACAAAGAUGUGCUCACCAAAGACAGCAAGUUCAAGAUGCCCAAGUUCAAGAUGCCGUCCUUUGGGGUCUCAGUUCCCGUCAAAGAAGACACACACUCCAUGGAUAGCUCCCUGCCCAGGAUAGGUGGAGAAGCAUCAUUACCCACCCUGGAGGGAAAAAUCAGAACUGCACAAGUGCAGGCACGAGUGCCAGCAAGGGAAGUGGAAUUCAGCACAGGGACAAGAAGUAUGAAAAUACCAGAGGAGGAGGGGACACUGAGGACUGACGAGGACCAAGAUGACAGAGACACACAAAAAGAGCACCAGCCCAAGGUCCAGAUGCCCGGCAUCAAGACGCCCAAGGUGGACCCCAAGGACCCCAAGGUGGACGCCAGCCUCCCCGACAUAGACAUAUCACUGCCCAAGGUCACAGUGGAUGCCCCAGUUCCUGGGCUCUCCAUGGAGGGAGUGAAGGUGGAGGGAGACAAGGACAUCCAGACCAAGGACGGCAAGUUCAAGAUGCCCUCCUUCAAGAUGCCAUCCUUUGGCGUGUCUGCACCAAGCAAAUCCAUCAAGGCAUCGGUGGACAUGUCUCUGCCAGAGGCACAGGGGGACGUGUCCCUCCCCUCCAUCGAGGGAGAAGUCAAGACUGGCAACCUCAGCAUUCAACUCCCAUCGGCAGAUGUGGACGUGAAGGGUGGCAAGGUGGGCGUGAAGCUCCCCGAGGGCCAGCUACCCGAAAGAGAGCCCACGGGACAGGCCAUGGGAGCCGGACUCAAAGGGCACCUGCCCACCUUCCAGAUGCCUGGUGUUAAGAUGCCCAAAAUAGACUUCAGGGCCCCCCAGGUGGACCUCAAGGGCUCCAAGCUGGACAUGAAAGGCCCCAAAGGAGAUGUAGACACACAAGACAUAGAGGUGUCCCUGCCCAGCAUGGAGGUGGACAUCCAGCCACCCAGCAUCAAGGUGGAGGGUGAUGUAUCUCUGGCAGAGAAGGAUGUGGCAGCCAAAGACAGCAAGUUCAAGAUGCCCAAGUUCAAGAUGCCCUCCUUCAGGAUGUCGGCUCAGAGCAAGGACCUGAGGACCUCUGUGGAUGAGCCAGGGCCCCAAGUGGGUGCAGAGGCCUCCCUGCCUUCCCUGGGAGUGGAGAUAGCACCCACUGAGUGGAGCAUCCCCGUGCCAUCCGCUGACAUCACCCUGCCAGGGGCCGAGCUAGAAGUUUCCCUCCCAGAUAUGGAGGCAGCAGCUGGAGAGCUGAAGGGCAAAGCAGAAGGGCCUAGGAUCAAAGGGCACCUGCCCAAGGUCCAGAUGCCCAGCAUCAAGAUGCCCAAGGUGGACCUGAAGGGCCCCAAGGUGGAUGCCAGCCUCCCAGACGUGGACGUGACGCUGCCCAAGGUUGCAGUGGACACCCCUACUCCCGGGCUCUCUGUGGGGGACGUUAAGGUGGAGGGAGACGUCAAGUUGGGAGACAAGGAUGUCAAGAUCAAGGAGGGCAAGUUCAAGAUGCCCUCCUUCAAGAUGCCAUCCUUUGGUGUGUCUGCUCCAAGCAAGUCCACUGAGACAUCAGUGGAUGUGUCUCUGCCAGAGGCAAGGGUAGAGGUGUCCCUCCCCUCCAUUGAGGGAGAAGUCAAGACCAGAGACAUCAGCAUUCAACUCCCAUCGACCAAUGUGGAUGUGAAGGGUGGCGAGGUGGGCAUGAAACUCCCCAAGGGCCAGCUGCCCGAGGGAGAGCCCGCAGGACAGGCUGUGGGAGCUGGACUCAAAGGGCACUUGCCCACCUUCCAGAUACCUGGAAUCAAGAUGCCCAAAGUAGAUUUCAAGGCCCCCCAGGUGGACAGCAAGGGCCCCAAGGUGGACCUCAAGGGCCCCAAGUUGGACGUGAAAGGCCCCAAGGUGGAGGUGGCUGCCCCAGACGUGGAGGUGUCCCUACCCAGUGUGGAGGUGGACAUCCAGGCGCCCAGUACUAAAGUGGAGGGUGACAUGUCCCUGACAGACAAUGAUGUGGCAACCAAAGACAGCAAGUUCAAGAUGCCCAAGUUCAAGAUGCCAUCUUUUGGGGUGUCGGCUCUGAGCAAGGACAUGGGAACCUCUGUGGACAUGCUAGGGCCCAAAGUGGGUGAGGAGGCUUCCCAGCCCUCCCUGGAGGUGGAGAUCCCACCCGUCGAGGGGACCAUCCCCAUGCCAUCUGCUGACAUUGCCCUGCCAGGGGCUGAGCUGGAAGUUUCCCUCCCAGAGGUGGAUGUGGCCACUGGAGAGCUGAAGGGCAAAGUGGAAAGCGCUAGGAUCAAAGGGGACUUGCCCAAGGUCCAGAUGCCCGGCAUCAAGAUGUCCAAGGUGGACCUGAAGGGUCCCAAGGUGGAUGCCAGGCCACCUGACAUGGACAUAUCACUGCCCAAGGUCACUGUGGAUGCCCCAGCUCCCAGGCUUUCUAUGAGGGGCCUGAAGGUGGAGGGAGACCUCAAUCUGGGAGACAAGGACCUCAAGACCAAGGAUGGCAAGUUCAAGAUGCCCUCCUUCAAGAUGCCAUCCUUUGGGGCGUCUGUGCCAAGCAAGUCCAUUGAGGCAUCAGUGGACAUUUCUCUGCCAGAGACACAGGUGGACGUGUCCCUCCCCUCUAUUGAGAGAGAAGUCAAGACAAGUGACCUCAGCAUUCAACUCCCAUCAACCGACAUGGACAUGAAGGGUGGCGAGGUGGGUGUGAAGCUCCCCGAGGGCCAGCUGCCUAAGGGAGAGCCUGCGGGACAGGCCAUGGGAGCUGGACUCAAAGGGCACGUGCCCGAGUUCCAGAUGCCUGGCAUCAAGAUUCCCAAAGUGGAUUUCAAGGCUGCUCAGGUGGAUAUCAAGGGCUCCAAGGUGGACCUCAAGGGCCCCAAGCUGGACGUGAAAGAUGCCAAGGGGGAGUUGGUGAUCCCAGACGUGGAGGUGUUCCUACCCGGCAUGGAGGAAGACAUCCAGGCACCCAGCACCAAGGUGGAGGGUGACAUGUCCCUGCCAGACAAUGAUGUGACCACCAAAGACAGCAAGUUCAAGAUGCCCAAGUUUAAGAUGCCAUCCUUCGGCGUAUCCGCGCCAAGCAAGUCCAUUGACAUUUCUCUGCCAGAGGCACGGGGGGACGUGUCCCUUCCCUCCAUCGAGGGAGAAAUCAAGACCAGCGACCUCAGCAUUCAAGUCCCAUCGGCCGACGUGGACUGGAAGGGUGGUGAGGUGGGCGUGAAACUCCCUGAGGGCCAACUGCCCAAGGAUGAGCCCACAGGACAGGCUGGGGGAGCCGGACUCAAAGGGCACCUGCCCAAGAUCCAGAUGCCUGGCAUCAAGAUGCCCAAAGUGGACUUCAAAGCCCCCCAGGUGGACAUCAAAGGCCCCAAGGUGGACCUCAAAGGACCCAAGCUGGACAUGAGAGGCCCCAGGUGGGAGGGUGUUGGCCCAGACGUGGAGAUGUCCAUGUCCGGUAUGGAGGUGGACAUUCAGGUGCCCAGCACCAAGGUGGAGGGUGACGUGUCCCUGGCAGACAAGGACGUGGCUGCCAAAGACAGAAAGUUCAAGAUGCCCAAGUUCAAGAUGCCAUCUUUUGGGGUAUCAGCUCCAAGCAAGGACCUGGGAACCUCUGUGGACGUACCAGGGCCUGAAGUGGGUGCAGAGGCCUCCCUGCCCUCCCUGGAGGUGGAGAUGACACCUACUGAGAGGACCAUCUCCAUGCCAUCUGCUGACAUAGCCAUACCAGGGGCUGAGCUGGAAGUGUCCCUUCCAAAGGUGGAGGCGGCUGUUGGAGAGCUGAAGGGAAAAGCAGAAGGGGCUAGGAUCAAAGGACACCUGCCCAAGGUCCAAAUGCCCAGCAUCAAGAUGCCCAAGGUGGACCCAAAGGGCCCCAAGCUGGACACCAGCCUCCCCGACAUCGACAUUUCUCUGUCCAAGGUCACAGUGGAUGUCCCAGCUCCCCAGCUCUCUGUGGAGGAAGUGAAGGUGGAAGGAGACAAGAUUAUCAAGACCAAGGACAGCAGGUUCAGGAUGCCCUCCUUGAAGAUGCCAUCCUUUGGCGCAUCUGUGCCAAGCAAGUCCAUCGAGGCAUCGGCAGACUUAUCUCUGCCAGAGGCACAAGUGGACGUGUCCCUCCCCUACAUCGAGGGAGAAGUCAAGACCGGUGACUUCAGCAUUCAACUCCCAUCAGCCAACGUGGACUUGAAGGGUGGCGAAGUGGAUGUGAAGCUCCCUGAGGGCCAGAUGCCCGAGGGAGAGCAUGCGGGACAGGCUGUUGGAGCUGCACUCAAAGGGCACCUGCCCAAGUUCCAGAUGCCCGGCAUCAAGAUGCCCAAAGUGGAUUUCAAGGCCCCCGAGGUGGAAAUCAGGGGCCCCAAGGUGGACCUCAAGGGCCCCAAGCUGGACGUGAAAGGCCCCAAGGGGGAGUUGGCCACCCCAGAUAUCAAGGUGUCCCUACCUGGCAUGGAGGUGGACAUCCAGGCACCCAGCACCAAGAUGGAGGGUGACAUGUCCCUGACAGACAUUGAUGUAGCCACCAAAGACAGCAAGUUCAAGAUCCCCAAGUUUAAGAUGCCAUCUUUCGGGGUAUCGGCUCCAAGCAAGGACCUGGAAACGUUGGUGGACAUGCCAGGGCCCAAAGUGGAUGCAAAGGCCUCCCUGCCCUCCUUGGAGGUGGAGAUCACCCCUGCAGAGGGGACCAUCCCCAUGCCAUCUGCUGACAUUGCCCUGCCAGGGGCCGAGCUGGGAGUUUCCCUCCCAGAGGUGGAUGUGGCCACUGGAGAGCUGAAGGGCAAAGCAGAAGAGGCUAGGAUCAAAGGACACCUGCCUAAGGUCCAGAUGGCAGGCAUCAAAAUGCCCAAGGUGGACCUGAAGGGCCCCAAGGUGGACUCCAGCCUCCCCGAUGUGGAUGAGUUGCUGCCCAAAGUCACGGUGGAUGCCACAGCUCCAAGGCUCUCCAUGGGGGACAUUAAGGUGCAGGAUGAUAUCAAGUUGGGGGACAAGGAUGUCAAGACCAAGGAGGACAAGUUUAAGAUGCCCUCCUUUAAGAUGCCCUCCUUUGGCGUGUCUGCACCAAGCAAGUCCAUCGAGGCAUCGGUGGAUGUGUCUCUGCCAGAGGCACAGGGGGACAUGUCUCUCCCCUCCAUUGAGGCAGAAGUCAAGACCAGUGACCUCAGUAUUCAACUCCCAUCAACUGACGUGGACGUGAAGGGUGGUGAGGUAGGCGUGAAGCUCCCCGAGGGCCAACUGCCCAAGGGACAGCUGACAGAGCAGGCCGUGGGAGCCAGACUCAAAGGGCACCUGCCCAGGUUCCAGAUGCCUGGUGUCAAGAUGCCCAAAGUGGACUUCAAGGCCUCCCAGAUGGAUGUCAAGGGCCCCAAGGUGGACCUCAAGGGCCCCAAGCUGGAUGUGAAAGGUCCCAAGGGGGAGGUGGCCACUCCAGACGUGAAGGUGUCCCUGCCCAGCAUGGAGGUGGACAUUCAGGCACCCAGCACCAUAGUGGAGGGUGACGUGUCCCUGGCUGACAAGGACAUGACUGCCAAAGAUAGCAAUUUCAAGAUGCCCAAAUUCAAGAUGCCAUCCUUUGGAGUGUCGGUUCCAAGCAAAGACCUGGGGACCUCCAUGGAUGUGUCAGGGCCCAAAGUAAGUGUGGAGACCUCUCAGCAACCCCUUGAGGUAGAGAUCACACCCGCUGAGAGGAGCAUCCCCGUGCCGUCUGCUGACAUCGCCCUGCCAGAGGCCGAGCUGGAAGUGUCCCUUUCAGAGGUGGAAGCGGCGGUUGGAGAGCUGAAGGGCAAAGUGGAAGGGGCUAGGAUCAAAGGGCACCUGCCCAAGGUCCAGAUGCCCAGCAUCAAGAUGCCCAAGGUGGACCUGAAAGGCCCCAAGGUGCACACCAGCCUCCCAGAGGUGGACGUGUUGCUGCCCAAGGUCUCUGUGGAUGCCCCGGCUCCCGGGCUCUCCAUGGAGGGCCUGAAGGUGGAGGGAGACAUCAACCUGGGAGAUAAGGACGUCAAGACCAAGGACAGCAAGUUCAAGAUGCCCUCUUUCAAGAUGCCAUCCUUUGGCAUGUCUGCACCAAGCAAAUCCAUUGAGCCAUCAGUGGACGUGUCUCUCCCAGAGGCACAGGGGGACGUGUCCCUCCCCUCCAUCAAGGGAGAAGUCAAGACCAGAGACCUCAGCAUUCAACUCCCAUCAGCUGACGUGGACUUGAAGGGUGGUGAGGUGGGUGUGAAGUUCCCUGAGGACCAGCUGCCAAAGGGAGAGCCUGCAGGACAGGCUCUGGAAGCCAAACUCAAAGGGCACCUGCCCAAGUACCAGAUGCCCAGCAUCAAGAUGCCCAAAGUGGAUUUCAAGGCCCCCCAGGUGGACAUCAAGGACCCCAAGGUGGACCUCAAGCGACCCAAGCUGGACAAGAAAGGCCCCAAGGGGGAGGUGGCCGCCCCAGGCAUGGAAGUUCCCCUACCUGGCAUGGAGGUGGACAUCCAGUCACCAGGUACCAAGCUCUCUGUGGAGGGCGUUAAGGUGGAGAGAGAUGUCAAACAAGGAGACAAGGACAUCAAGACCAAGGACGGUAAGUUCAAGAUACCUUCCUUCAAGAUACCAUCCUUUGGCGUGUCUGCGCCAAGCAAGUCCAUCAAGGCAUCGGUGGAUGUGUCUCUGCCAGAGGCACAGGGGGACAUGUCCCUCCCCUCCAUCGAGGCAGAAGUCAAGACCAGCGACCUCAGUAUUCAACUCCCAUCGACUGACGUGGACGUGAAAGGUGGUGAGGUGGGCGUGAAGCUCCCCAAGGGCCAACUGCCUGAGGGAGAGCCAACGGAGCAGGCCAUGGCAGCCAGACUUAAAGGGCACCUGCCCAAAUUCCAGAUGCCUGAUGUCAAGAUGCCCAAAGUAGACUUCAAGCCCCCCCAGGUGGACGUCAAGGGCCCCCAGGUGGACCUCAAGGGUCCCAAGCUGGAUGUAAUAGGUCCCAAGGGGGAGGUGGCCACCCCAGAUGAGGUGUCCCUGCCCAGUGUGGAGGUGGAUAUCCAGGUGCCCAGAGCCAUGGUGGAGGGUGACGGCCUAAAGGUGGAAGGAGACGUCAGCCUGGGAGACAAGGAUGGCAAGACCAAGGAUGGCAAGUUCAAGAUGCCCUCCUUCAAGAUGCCAUCCUUUGACAUGUCUGCACCAAGCAAGUCCAUUGAAGCAUCGGUGGACAUUUCUCUGCCAGAGGCACAGGGGGACGUGUCCCUCCCCUGCAUUGAGAGAGAAGUCAAGACCAGCGUCCUCAGCAUUCCACUCCCAUCAGCCGACGUGGACUUAAAGGGUGGCGAGGUGGGCAUGAAGCUCCCCAAAGGGCAGCUGCCUAAAGGAGAACCCACAGGACAGGCCAUGGGAGCCGGACUCAAAGGGCACCUGCCCAAGAUCCAGAUGCCCGGCAUCAAGAUGCCCAAAGUGGACUUUGAGGUCCCUCAGGUGGACAUCAAGGGCCCCAAGAUGGACCUCAAAGGCCCAAAGCUUGACAUGAAAGGCCCCAAGUGGGAGGGUGCCGAGCCAGACGUAGAGGUGUCUGUGCCCAGUAUGGAGGUGGACAUCCAGCUGCCCAGCACCAAGGUGGAGGGUGGCAUGUCCCUGGUGGACAAGGACCUGGCUGCCAAAGACAGCAAGUUCAAGAUGCCAUCUUUUGGGAUGCCAUCCUUUGGCGUGUCUGUGCCAAGUAAAUCCAUCGAGGCAUCAGUGGAUGUGUCUCUGCCAGAGGCACAGGGGGACAUGUCCCUCCCCUCCAUCGAUGGAGAAGGCAAGACCAGCAUCCAAAGCAUUCAGCUCCCAUCGGCUGACGUGGACUUGAAGGGUGGCAAGGUGGACGUGAAGCUCCCCGAAGGCCAGCUGCCCAAGGGAGAGCCCGCGAGAGAGGCCGUGGGAGCUGGACUCAAAGGGCACCUGCCCAAAUUCCACAUACCUGGCAUCAAGAUGCCCAAAGGGGAUUUCAAGGCCCCCCAGGUGGACAUCAAGGGCCCCAAGGUGGACCUCAAAGGCCCCAAGCUGGAUGUGAAAAGCACCAAGGGGGAGGUGGCCACCCCAGACGUGGAAGUGUGCCUACCCAGCAUGAAGAUGGACAUCCAGUCACCCGGCGCCAAGGUGGAGGGUGACAUGUCCCUGGCAGACAAGGACGUGACUGCCAAAGACAGCAAGGUCAAGAUGCCCAAGUUCAAGAUGCCAUCCUUUGGGGUGUCGGUUCCGAGCAAGGACCUGGGGACCUCCGUGGAUGUACCAGGGCCCAAAGUAAGUGUGGAGACCUCUCAGCCCCCCUCAGAAGUAGAGAUCGCACCCGCCGAAGGGAGCAUCCCCAUUCCAUCUCCUGACAUCACCCUGCCUGAGGCUGAGCAGGAAGUGUCCCUCCCAGAGGUGGAGGCAGUGGCUGGAGAGCUGAAGGGCAAAGCAGAAGGGGCUAGGAUCAAAGGGCACCUGCCCAAGGUCCAGAUGCCCAGCAUCAAGAUGCCCAAGGUGGAUCUGAAGGGCCCCAAGGUGGAUGCCAGCCUCCCCAACGUGGACGUGUCGCUGCCCAAGGUCACGGUGGAUGCCCCGGCUCCUGGGCUCUCCGUGGAGGGAAUUAAGGUGGAGAGAGAUAUCAAGCCAGGAGAUAAAGACAUCAAGACCAAGGAUGGCAAGUUCAAGAUGCCCUCCUUCAAGAUGCCAUCCUUUGGCGUGUCUGCGCCAAGCAAGUCCAUCAAGGCAUCGGUGGAUGUGUCUCUGCCAGAGUCACAGGGGGACAUGUCCCUCCCCUCCAUCGAGGCAGAUGUCAAGACCAGCGACCUCAGCAUUCAACUCCCAUCGACCGAUGUGGACGUGAUGGGUGGUGAGGUGGGUGUGAAACUCCCUGGAGGCCAAGUCCCUGAAGGAGAGCCGAUGGGACAGGCCAUGGCAGCCGGACUCAAAGGGCACCUGCCCAAGUUCGAGAUGCCUGGUGUCAAGAUGCCCAAAGAGGACUUCAAGGCCCCCCAGGUGGAUGUCAAGGGCCCCAAGGUGGACGUCAAGGGCCCCAAGCUGGAUGUGAAAGGUCCCAAGGGGGAUGUGGGCACCCCAGACAAGGUGUCCUUGCCCAGCGUGGAGGUGGACAUCCAGGCGCCCAGCACCAUGGUGGAGGGUGAGGUGUCCCUUGCAGACAAGGAUGUGGCCACCAAAGACAGCAAGUUCAAGAUGCCCAAGUUCAAGAUGCCAUCCUUCGCAGUGUCGGCUCUGAACAAGGACAUGGAAACCUCCGUGGAUGUACCAGGGCCCCAAGUGGGCGUAGAAGCCUCCCUGCCCUCCCUGGAGAUGGAGAUUGCACCCACCAAGGGGAGCAUCCCCAUGCCAUCUGGUGACAUCGCCCUGCCAGGGGCUGAGAUGGAAGUGUCCCUUCCAGAGGUGCAGGAGGCCAUUGGAGAGCUGAAGGGCAAAGCGGAAGGGGCUAGAAUCAAAGGGCACCUGCCCAAGGUCCAGAUGCCUGGCAUCAAGAUGCCCAAGGUGGAUCUGAAGGGCCCCAAGGUGGAUGCCAGCUACCCUGAUGUGGACAUGUCACAGGUCAAGGUCACUGUGGAUGCCCUGGCUCCUGGGCUCUCCGUGGAGGGUCUGAAGGUGGAGGGAGAUGCCAACCUGGGAGACAAGGACGUCAAGAUCAAGGAUAGCAAGUUCAAGAUGCCCUCCUUCAAGAUGCCAUCCUUUGGCAUGUCUGCGCCAAGCAAGUCCAUCGAGGCAUCGGUGGAUAAUACAUUGCCAGAGGCACAGGUGAACGUGUCCCUCCCUUCCAUCGAGGGAGAAGUCAAGACCAGCGUCCUCAGCAUUCAAGUUCCAUCAGCCGACGUGGACUUGAAGGGUGGUAAGGUGGGCUUGAAGCUCCCCAAGGACCAGCUGCCCGAGGGAGAGCCCACAGGACAGGCUGUGGGAGCUGGAGUCAAAUGGCACCUGCUCGAGUUCCAAAAGCCCAGUGUCAAGAUGCCCAAAGUGGAUUUCAAGACCUCCCAGGUGGACAUCAAGGGCCCCAAAGUGGACCUCAAGGGACCCAAGCUGGAUGUGAAAGGCCCCAAGGGGGAGGUGGCCACCCCUAAUGUGGAAGUGUCUUUGCCUGGUAUGGAGGUGGACAUCCAGCUGCCCAGCACUAAGGUGGAGGGUGAUGUGUCCCUGCUGGACAAGGACCUGGUCCUCAAAGACAGCAAGUUCAAGAUGGCCAAGUUCAAGACACCGUCUUUUGGGGUACUGGCUCCAAGCAAGAACCUGGGAACCUCUGUGGAAGUGGUAGGGCCCAAAGUGGGUGCAGAGGCCUCCCUGCCCUCCCUGGGAGCGGAGAUCACACCCAUCGAGGGGAGCAUCCCCAUGCCAUCUGCUGACAUUGCCCUGCCAGGGGCUGAGCUGGAAGUAUCCAUCCCAGAGGUGGAUGUGGCCGCUGGAGAGCUAAAGGGAAAAGCAGAAGAGGCUAGGAUCAAAGGGCACCUGCCCAAGGUCCAGAUGCCUGGCAUCAAGAUGCCCAAGGUGGACCUGAAGGGUCCCAAGACAGACACCAGCCUCCCUGACGUGGACGUGUCACUGCCCAAGGUCAUGGUGGAUGCCACAGCACCCCAGCUCUCUGUGGAGGGAGUGAAGGUGGAAGGAGACAAGGAUGUCAAGACCAAGGAGAGCAAGUUCAAGAUGCCCUCUUUCAAGAUGCCAUCCUUUGGUGUAUCUGCACCAAGCAAGUCCAUCGAGGCAUCAGUGGACGUGUUUCUGCCAGGGGCACAGCAGGACGUGUCCCUCCCCUCCAUUGAGGGAGAAGUCAAGACCAGACACCUCAGCAUUCAACUCCCAUCGGCCAACGUGGAUUUGAAGGGUGGCGAGGUGGGUGUGAAGUUCCCUGAGGGCCAGCACCCCAAAGGAGAGCCCGCAGGACAGGCCAUGGGAGCUGGACUCAAUGAGCACCUGCCCAAGAUCCAGAUGCCCAGCAUCAAGAUGCCCAAAGGGGAUUUCAAGGCCCCCCAGGUGGACAUCAAGGGCCCUAAGGUGGACUUCAAGGGACCCAAGCUGGACAUGAAAGGUCCCAAGGGGGAGGUGGCCACCCCAGACGUGGAAGUGUCCCUACCCAGCAUGGAGAUGGACAUCCAGUCACCCGGCACCAAGGUGGAGGGUGAUGUGUCCCUGGCAGACAAAGACGUGACUGCCAAAGACAGCAAGUUCAAGAUGCCCUCCUUCAAGAUACCAUCCUUUGGCGUGUCUGUGCCAAGCAAAUCCAUCGAGGCAUCAGUGGACAUGUCUCUGCCAGAGACACAGGGGGACGUGUCCCUCCCCUCCAUUGAGGGAGAAGUCAAGACCAGUGACCUCAGCAUUCAACUCCCAUCUACUGACGUGAACGUGAAGGGUGGCGAGGUGGGCGUGAAACUCCCCCAAGGCCAAGUGCCCAAGGGAGAGCUGACGGGGCAGGCCGUGGCAGCCGGACUCAAAGGGCACCUGCCCAAGUUCCAGAUGCCCAGCGUCAAGAUGCCCAAAGUGGACUUCAAGGCCCCCCAGGUGGACAUCAAAGGCCCCAAGCUGGAUGUGAAAAGUCCCCUGGGAGAGGUGGCUACCCCAGAUGUGGAGGUGUCCUUGCCUGGUGUGGCGGUGGACAUCCAGGCGCCCAGCACCAGGGUGGAGGUUGAUGUUCCCCUGGCAGACAAGGAUGUGGCCACCAAGGACAGCAAGUUCAAGAUGCCCAAGUUCAAGAUGCCAUCCUUUGGGGUACCAUCCUUUGGCAUGUCUGCGCCAAGCAAGUCCAUCCAGGCAUCGGUGGACAUUUCUCUGCCAGAGACACAGGUGGACAUGUCCCUCCCUUCCAUCGAGGGAGAAGUCAAGACCAGCGACCUCAGCAUUCAACUCCCAUCAGAGGAUGUGGAUUUGAAGGGUGGCGAGGUAGGCAUGAAGCUCCCCGAGGGCCAGCUGCCCGAGGGAGAGCCCGCAGGACAGGCUGUAGGAGCUGGACUCAAAGGGCACCUGUCCACCUUCCAGAUGCCCAGCAUCAAGAUGCCCAAAGUGGACUUCAAGACCCCCCAGGUGGACAUCAAGGGCCCCAAGGUGGACCUCAAGGGAACCAAGCUGGACGUGAAAGGCCUCAAGGGGGAGGUGGCCACCCCAGACGUGGAGGUAUCUCUGCCCAGUAUGGAGGUGGACAUCCAGCUGCCCAGCACCAAGGUGGAGGGUGAGGUGUCCCUGGCAGACAAGGGUGUGGCCGCCAAAGACAGCAAGUUCAAGAUGCCCAAGUUCAAGAUGCCAUCUUUUGGGAUGCCAUCCUUUGGGGCGUCUGUGCCAAGCAAGUCCAUUGAGGCAUCAGUGGACAUUUCUCUGCCAGAGACACAGGUGGACGUGUCCCUCCCCUCUAUUGAGAGAGAAGUCAAGACAAGUGACCUCAGCAUUCAACUCCCAUCAACCGACAUGGACGUGAAGGGUGGUGAGGUGGGCGUGAAGCUCCCCGAGGGCCAGCUGCCUAAGGGAGAGCCUGAGGGACAGGCCAUGGGAGCUGGACUCAAAGGGCACGUGCCCGAGUUCCAGAUGCCUGGCGUCAAGAUUCCCAAAGUGGAUUUCAAGGCCGCUCAGGUGGACCUCAAGGGCCCCAAGGUGGACGUGAAAGGUCCCAAGGGGGAGGUGGCAGCCCCAGAUGUGGAGGUGUCCCUACCCAGCGUGGAGGUGGACAUCCAGGUGCCCAGCCCUAAGGCGGAGGGUGACUCAUCCCUGGAAGGCCUAGGUGUUCCUGUUAAGGGCAGCAGGUUCCGUCUGCCCCGCUUCACCAUUCCUUCUUUUGGCAAGUCCAGCAGUGUCUCUAUGGACUCCUCUCAGGUUACAGCCACUUGUAAAGGUCCGGAAUUGACGGCCUCUUCAGCCACCACAGAAUCUGGCGUUAGUUCCUCUGCACCUGGAUCCCCUGACACGAGUGGUGAUGUCACUGUGGCUUUGUCCGUCACGAAAGGUGAUGAGAAGAAUGAAGGGAAGGAAGCCCACCUUAAAAUGCCCAAAGGCUUCUUCUCUCAGGGGAAGACCUCUCACGUCGCCCUGGACCAGAAGUCCGGGGUGCCACAUCCCCCGCCUGCUUCUGCCAUAUCCCCUGAUGCCUCUGCUGGUCUGUCCCAGGAGCAGGGUGUGACAAGUGGCUCCCGCUUCCCUCCAGUCCCCAAGGUGGGUCUGGCUGGUUUUCCGUCAGCCAAGGUUGAUCUCUGUGUCCCCUUUGCAGAGUCCUCUGUCCUCCGUCCUAGUGAUGGCAUCACCCUAACAAAGUACCAGGUGGCGCACCCUGCGGCCACCAUGCAUGCUGAGUGUCCUUGUGACACAGUGCCAGUGCGGCACACUGACAGGCUCCUCCCCAGCCUAGAAGGCUCAGCUGAGCUGCAGGUCCCUGAUGGGGGCCCAGCGUCCCACACAGAAUCCCUCCCCAGCCCCACAGGCAUCCUGGUUCCUGCCACCUACGGAAGGGUGACUUUUCCUAAAUUCCAUAAACCAAAGUUCGGGUUUUCAGUUGUAAGUGCUGCCACUCUUGAGGGUGAGGGCGAGGUCGAGGGCGAGGGCGAGGGCUCUGCCACUGAGACAAUCGAGUUGUCCCCACCGCCCAGCACUGCGCUGCCACCAGCAGAUACCCCUGUCUGCACAGGGCCGGAAGGCCACUCUGGGCCUGCUGUCAUAGCCGCCAUGGUGCCGGGAGAAGCCCCCUCUGAGGACACUGAGCGUGAUGGCAAGGGGAGUCCCUUCAAAAUGCCCAGGUUCAAGCUUCCGUCGCUAAGCUGGUCUCCCAAGAAAGAGGCAGGGCCACAAGGAGAUCCUGAGGGCAGUUCUGUGGAUGCAGAACUCAGCCUGGGUUUAGAUGAUGAUCAGCCUGCUGCCCAGACAGGGGUCUUCCCGUCACAAGUGGGAGAGGACACUGAUGUGCCCCCAGAGAAAGACGGGGCGAAGGGCAAGGGGAGGAAGUCGAGCUUCGUCAUGCCCAAGCUCUCACUCUCCAAGGUGAAGGGCACGAAGGACCGGCCCCAGGGGGAGGUCCAGCCCUCUCUUUCUGGCACUGCAGUUGCUACAGGAAGGACCAGAGAUGAUGGAGGUGCGGCUGGCAGGGCCCCUGACGGAGAGGCCCAGGAUACCAGUCUGGCCCUCACCAAACCCUCACUUGGCAGCUCUGAGGCUGAAGUGGAGGUGAGCAGGCCGGAGGCCACCUUUCUGCUUCCAGAGCAUAACCUGUCUCUCAGGAAGGGCCCAGCACCCACGCCCCACAGGGAAGCCACGGCCCCUCCAACAGGAGAGGUGCUGCAGCCACUCGGGGCUCUGCUGGACACUGACAUCCACACGGGGCAGAGCCACGAGGGGGCCGCUCAGGCAGCCCCAGUGCCGACAGGCUCUCAGGAGGGCUGGUUCAAGAUGCCCAAAUUCCGUGUGCCCAGCUUCUGGCGAACAUCCACCAAGGACAAGGGUGGGGCGGUGGUGGGCAUGGCUCAGGACCCUGGGCCUCAAGGCAGGGACGUGGCUGCUGGAGUCCAGACUCAGGACCCUGGUGUCCAUGGGUUGACACUGGAGGCCGCUGCGUCACCACAGCCCACAGAUGGCAAGGCGCAAGUGACAGCUGAGGUGGCAUCAUCCACAGAUGUCCUGAAAUGCCACGUGCACAGCCCAAGCUUGGAGCUGUCUUUCCCCACUGCCAGCACAGCCAUCGCUCAUCUCUCUGCAGCUGAGGCCAGGGUCCGUCCUGGGGAAGGCUCCCUCCCCCUCCAGAUGUCAGAGACUCAGGCUGCCCCAGGGGGAACGGUCCCGACGGCUGCUCUAGGACCCGGAGCCCAUGGCCCUACCACAGUAGAGGACCAAGUGGAAGGACGCCUGUCUCCUGCCCAAGGGCCUGUGAAACUGAGGACGUCACAGACCGAAAUGCCAGCCCAGGUGUCCAUCAUCCACACGGACCAGGUCUGGGAGGAUUCCGUGGUAGCCGUCACAUUCCCCAAGCUGAAGGUGCCAAGGUUUACCGUCCCUGCCCCCAACACAGAUGUGUUUGUCCCCUUGGUGAGAGAAGCCCCGGAGGCGGCCUUGCAAGGGGCAACCCCCGGCGUGUGGGUCGCCAGCAUCCUGACGGACGCUGCCGAGAUCCCCACGGAGCAGCCUGGGGACACAGGGCCCUCCUCGGAGGCAUCCGCCAGCUCCAGGGUUAGAGUGCACACUGCGGGCGCUCAGGCAGAAAGCCAUGCAGUCCCCGUAGGUAGCAGUGUCGCACCAGCGGCCAGCGCACCUUCCCAACCCGAGGCCUUUUCCACUCAGGUCCUGCGAGGGUCCGAGGUCCCUGCAUCUGAGGUCCAGACGCCAGCUUACGGAUUUUCCUCGUUGAAGGUGAAAAUCCCAGAGCGCCCCCCACAGGCUAGUGUGUGCCUGGCCACCCACGGCUCUCAGGUGGGGGAGGGCUCAGAAGAGGUCCCCCAGCGUGGCGCCCCAGGGGCGGACCCCGUCCCAGACGACCUGCAGCCCGACACCGGCGAGCCCUUUGAAAUCAUUCCUUCCAGCAUCGGAGCGCAGAGGGGCCACGCUCGCGCCGCCAGCUGCUCAGACGACGAGCCCGCAGAAAUUCUUGAACUUCCCUCUGAGGACAGCCACGAGGAGGGUGGCCGGCCCGCAGACGACAGCGGGGUCCCCAAGGCGAAGCCGGCAACGAAGAAGGCUUCUGGUCUCUUCCGGUUCUGGCUUCCGGCCGUGGGGUUUUCUUCCUCCGUCGAAGAGAGCGGUUCUGAGUCCAGAGACGAUGUCCAAGGAUCUGCGCCCAUUCAAGCGCAGCCUGAAGCCCGGCUGCCUCCGAAGCAGGAGAAGGCGGGCUGGUUCCGAUUCCCCAAAUUAGGCUUCUCCUCGUCUCCUGCCAAGAAGGGCGACGGUACCGAGAACAGGGCAGAACCUGCCGGGCAGAGUCUCCAGGAAGAGGCGGUCGUCUUUUUCGAUGCUCGGGAAACUUUCUCCCCGGACGACAAGGAAGAAGAACCAGCGGAGGGCGCGCGCGCCGGGCCGGGCUCCGGAGGGACGGUGACCUCGGCGGCGCGGACCGAGAAGCCAGCCAGCGGACAGUCUGCUUCCAGGCCGGCCACCAGAUGA